UAUUUUCCCUUCCUCUGCUGCCAUUGCAUCUACAUCGGCCAACGUGCCUCGUCCGAUUCAGCAGGGCCCGUCCUGCGUCUCUGGGCCGCGAUGACUUUUGCCCAACUUUUGGAUCAGGUUGGCGGCAUGGGCCGUUUCCAGGUCCUCAACGUGCUGCUGCUGAGCUUCCCGAUGGUCCUCAUGGCAGCCCACAACCUCUUGCAGAACUUUACAGCAGCCGUCCCCGGGCACCGCUGCCGCACCGACAUUAACGGCACGUGCGGCGGCGGCGGCAACAUCACCGGAGGCGCAGACUGUCCUCUGAGAGCCUCCAUCCCGACAGACGGCAACCAGGUGCUGCAGAAGUGCCGCCGCUUCGUCACCACCCAGUGGCACUUCCUCGAGCCCAAUUCCACGGAGCUGGAGAGAACAGAGGCAGAGUUGGAGCCUUGCCUUGAUGGCUGGACCUACGAUGGCCGAGUCUUCACGUCGACCAUUGUGACAGAGUGGGACCUGGUGUGCGACUUUCGGACGCUGCAGCAGAUGGCCCAGUCAAUCUACAUGGCGGGGGUGCUGGUGGGUGCGGUCGCAUUCGGAGGCCUCUCGGACAAGUUUGGCCGGAAAGCUUUGCUGAUCUGGUCCUGUCUCCAAAUGGCUGUUUCGGGGUCCUGCGCUGCUUUUUCCCCCAGCUUCACAGCUUACUGCAUCUUCCGCUUCCUGUCAGGAAUGGCUCUCUCAGGCAUCGGGCUGAACUGCGUGUCGCUGUCGGUAGAGUGGACCCCAAUGCAUUCCCGGGCCACCAUCAGCAUGGUAACUGGAUACAGCUACAGCAUCGGGCAGUUCAUCCUCGCCGGCAUAGCUUAUGCCAUCCGCGACUGGCGCUGGCUCCAGCUGGCCGUCUCCUUACCUUAUUUCACCUUCUUCCUGUACGGCUGGUGGUUUACAGAGUCUGCCCGGUGGUAUGCCACAGCUGGCAAACUGGACCAGGCCCUCAAGGAGCUGCAGAAAGUGGCACGGAUAAAUGGGCAGAAGGAGCAAGGGCAGAAGCUCAGCCUCGAGGUCUUGAAAGCCAGCCUACAGAAAGAGACACCCUCGGCCAAGUCCAACUUCACGGCAGCUGACUUGGUGCGAACGCCUGUUGUGCGAAGGGUAACGUGUUGCCUUUGUUUCGUCUGGUUCUCCACCAGCUUCGCCUACUAUGGGUUGGCUAUGGACCUGCAGAACUUUGGGGUCAGCGUCUACCUCAUCCAGGUGAUCUUUGGGGCCGUCGAUAUCCCAGCGAAACUCAUUGCCUUCGUUGUGAUUUGCUACUUUGGCCGCAGGAUCACCCAGGCAUUGACUCUCAUCCUAGCAGGCCUGUCCAUUGCCGGAAACAUCUUUGUCCCCCAAGAUAUGCAGAUCCUGCGCACUGUCUUCGCUGUCUUUGGGAAAGGGUGCUUGGCAGCCUCUUUCAACUGUGUCUUCUUAUACACGGGAGAGCUUUACCCCACGGUGAUCAGGCAAACCGGGAUGGGGUUUGGGAACACCAUGGCUCGUGUCGGCGGGAUCGUGGCUCCCUUGGUGAGGAUGACCGGCGAGUAUUCCCCAUCUCUCCCCCUUCUGAUCUAUGGGGCAGCUCCCAUCAUCUCCGGCAUUGCCGCCUGCUUCCUUCCAGAGACCCUGAACAUGCCCCUACCUGAUACCAUUGAAGAUGUGGAGAACCAGAACUUGGAGCAGCAGAAAGGCGACGAGGGCUGCAAAGGAAACCCUUCCCAUCAGGACGACAUUUUCCUGGACAUGAGGAUGUUUAAAGAUCCCAGGCCGCUUGAAAACACAGGAAAAGGAGAUGGGGCAGCCGCUGGCCCAGCCAAGAGUAGCUGAGCAUCAAAGGUGUGGCCCCAUGGGCAGGGAAGCCUCUGCUGCCUGCAGUGUACCACCUCCAGCAAUA